GUCGGCGAAUCCCAAUGCCAUAUAUGACAUAUUUCCUAUCUAGUAGCAUGCUCACUCUCUCUCAAAGAUUUGACCUUCCUCACUCUCUUCCUCCACGAUGAGGCAAGGCAAGGGUGAUCCGGCGAUCGCCGCUCUCGCCAUUGCCAUCGCCGUCGUUCUGCUCUGCGUGGCAUCGUCGGCGGUGCUCGCGAUCGACGGGGCCAAGGCAGAAGAAGAGCUUCCGACGCAGCUGCUGAACGGCUUCGCCGCGACGCACGCGGCCGGCUCCGCGGCGACGUUCGAGCCGGUGCUGUACGCGACCAGCGCCGUCUUCGCGCUGGGCUUCCUCCGCGUCGGCCCGGCGUCGCUGGACCUCGCCGUGGUCCACCUGCCGUCCUCCUUCCCCGUCUGGCGCGCCACGCCGGCGCGCCUCGGGGACUGGUCGCGCCCGGCCACGCUCGCCUUCGACGACGGCACCCUGGUCCUCGCGGGCCCCGACGGCGCCGUGCUGUGGCGGACGCUCAACACCGUCGGCGACACCGUCGCGCUGCUCAACUCCUCCAACCUCGUAGUGCAGCGGUACGAGAAUCCCCAGCCGGCGUGGCAGAGCUUCGACCACCCGGCCGACACGCUCGUCGUGGACCAGAACUUCACCGCCUCGUCGUCGCCGCUCGUCUCCGCGAACCGCCGCUUCACGCUGCAGCUCGGCAGGACGUACAUGGCGAUGCACAUGCAGUUCGACGCCGGCCAGGCCCAGGCCGCGACGGCGCCCGUGUACUGGAAGCACACGGCGCUCGAGGCGCACCUGGAGAACGCCACGGCGCCGCCUGUCUACGGCCGCCUCGACGCCCUCGGGUUCUUCGGCCUCUACCUCGACGGCGGCGGCGGCCAGAGGGUGGACGUGCUGUCGUUCGACACGUUCGCCCUGAACCUCACCGGCGUCUUCCGGCGGAUGACGCUGGACGACGACGGCAACCUCCGCGCGUACUACUGGACCACCGGCGACUCAAGUGCGUGGACGUCGGAUUACAAGGCCAUCGCGGAGCGGUGCGAGCUGCCGACGUCGUGCGGCGCGUACGGCGUGUGCGUCCCCGGGAACGCCCAGUGCCAGUGCCUCGACAGUAACGGCACGAGCACCGCCCCGCCGUGCCACGGCGAGGACACCGCCGACCUCUGCAGCACCGCCAGCAGCAACGGGGCGCGGCAGCUGGGUUUCGACGUGGUGCGGCGGACGCGGGUGUCCGUGGCGUACAAGGAGGAGCUGCCGUUCCGGACGAACACGACGGCGGACGGGUGCGAGCUGGCGUGUGCGGGCAACUGCACCUGCCGGGGCGCGCUGUACAACGGCGCGAGCGGCUACUGCUACCUCAUCGACUUCCCUGUGGAGACGCUGGUGUACCAGGCCGACGACCGGAUGCUGGGCUACUUCAAGAUCAGGAAGGCGGCGACAGCGAACUCGGCGCGGCGAGGCAUGUCGCCGGGCGUUACCGCCGCGACGGUGGCGCUGUCGCUGGUCCUGGCAGGCCUGGCUGCGGCCGGAGCGUACUGGGGCUACAGGACGUGGGAGAGGAGGAAGAGGAAACGAGCGGGGAUGGAGCAGGAGCUGGUUCCGGGGCCGUACAGGGACCUCAAGUCCAUGGCCAGCUCUAACAAUUCGUUCAAAGCAUGAACCCAACCAUGAGAGUGUUGGUUGAAGUUGAAGGUCAAGCGCACUGGAGUGGAGUUGGAUGAGUCAUUUGCUAGUCGCACAACGUGAGAUUGAUCAUAGGCCCAGGCCUCCUCUCCUUGAUGAAUUGCAGAGUCUGGAGACGAAAAUGAAUCCAGCCAUCCAGGUACCUCAGAUCCUCAGUUCGGGAGUCCAAAAAUCUGGAGAAUUGGAGAAGCCAAAAUCUCAUCCUUAUUGAAAAUUGAAUGAGGAGAUUAUUUUAGUCUCUCUAAUUUUCUCCAAUUUUGUGGCUCUCGAACUAGCCUAAAAGUAAAGCACCGAAAGAAUCGAUGACAGACU